CUGGGUUCAGAACGCUCUUCCCAGUAUGCUCUGCUUCAGACGAAACCAGUCCCGCGCCAAGCGCGCGGUCUGAGAGCUUUUCCCAAAGUUCUUUGCGCGGCACCUGGCGACAAAAUGGCUGCCCGAGGGAGACGGGCGGAGCCUCCGGGUCGGGAGGCGCCCGGCCCGGCGGGCGGCGGCAGGAGCCGAUGGGCUGAGUUGGGACCAGGAACGUCACCCGAGAGUGGGGAUGACGAGGUGUCCGGCUCAAGUCCGGUGUCCGGCGGUGUGAACUUGUUUGCCAACGACGGCAGCUUCCUGGAGCUGUUCAAGCGGAAGAUGGAGGAGGAGCAGCGGCAGCGGCAGGAGGAGCCACCCCCGGGCCCGCAGCGACCCGACCCACCGGCCUCCGCCGCGGCGGGCCCAGGGAAUCCGAAGAGGAAGGGCGGCCCAGGCCCCACGCUCAGCUUCGUGGGCAAGCGCAGAGGCGGGAACAAACUAGCCCUCAAGACGGGAAUAGUAGCCAAGAAGCAGAAGACGGAGGAUGAGGUAUUAACAAGUAAAGGUGACGCAUGGGCCAAAUACAUGGCAGAAGUGAAAAAGUACAAAGCCCACCAGUGCGGUGAUGAUGAUAAAACUCGGCCCCUGGUGAAAUGACCCCUCCCAGGUGCUCACUCCCUGGGACUCUCUGCGAUGUACAUAACUAUUUAAUGCGGUUACGGCAGCGGCCUUCCUGGAGGACUGAUACACAGAAGGAAACCAAGGCGCUUCCUGUGGCCGCGGACCGUUCUCCAGGACUCUUUUUUUUACCUUGAGCACUUGCCUCCUGAGACUUACUAGACCAGUGGUUUACUCUUCCCUUUCUUUCCACCACCUUGCUUUCUCUGGCUCUGUCUGUCUCUUCUUGCUGUCUCUCUCCUUUAGCAGUCACUUCUGAGAAGUAAAGAACCUGACUUAGUGCUGGA